UAUAUUUGGUAUCAAAUCAGUACAAAAAUAAUUUUGCAUUGUGUGUUGUUUACAUUAUAACAGUUUAUUAAGUGAUUUUAAUUCUACGAAAAAUGGUUAAAGUAGUAAAAUUAUUCGAUCAAGAUUUUGAUCAAAUCAAAAAAGAGUGCUUGGAAUCGGGAUUUCUAUUUCAAGAUUCAAAAUUCCCAAACUUUUCUAAAAAAUAUCCAGAGUGUGAAAUAAAAAGGCCAGGGGAACUAUGUGACGAUCCACAUUUUUUCUUGAACAAAAUAUCGAGGUUGGACGUACAGCAAGGAGCUUUAGGUGACUGUUGGAUGAUAUCUGCUAUAGCCAAUCUAACUCAGCAUCCAAAAUUAUUCGAACGAGUUGUUCCAUUGGAUCAGCAUUAUGGAUCAGAUUAUGCUGGCAUUUUUCGCUUUAGGUUUUGGCAAUAUGGUAAAUGGGUAGAGGUAGUAGUGGACGAUCAGCUAUUAGUUGAAAAAGGUGAAUUAAAGUUUGCCAGAUCUACUAAAGAAGGAGAAUUUUGGAUACCCUUGUUGGAAAAGGCUUACGCAAAGUUAUACGGCGCAUAUGAUAAAUUAGAUGGAGGGGACCCAGGAAUUGCAAUGGAGGACUUCACUGGAGGUGUAGCUGAACAGUUUAAACUGGACAAACCUCCAACUUCUUUGUUUGAUAUUAUGAACAAAGCACACGUUAGAGGUUCCUUGAUAGCCAGUUGUAUCUAUGGUGAUGGUCGUGAAGCUAUAACAAGAAUGGGUUUGGUUAAGGGUCACGCUUACAGCAUUACCAAAGUUCACUAUGUGGAACAUUCCAGCCUUCCUGAAAGGGCUAAACUGAUACGUGUAAAGAAUCCAUGGUCGAAUGAAAUCGAAUGGAAGGGUGCAUGGAGUGAUGGUUCUAAAGAAUGGACGUCAAUACCAAAAGAGGAACGUCAAGAGCUAGGUCUGGUUUUUGAUAAUGACGGUGAAUUUUGGAUCUGCUACGAAGAUUUUCAAAGGAAUUUCAGCACCGCUGACAUAUGUCACUUGACGUUGGAUUCUUUGUCGUUGUUUCAAGAUGGCGAUAAGAGAAACUGGGUGAUAACAACAAUACAUGGUUCUUUUAAGGACAAAAAGAGUCAUGUUGUGACUCUAGCAGAUGUCGAUGGCAAAGAAGACAAAAAAUGUACCCUCGUAGUAGCCCUAAUGCAGAAAACCAAUAGCACAGAUAGACUUAGCUUUGACAGCUUUAUCACUUGUAUUAUUAAAGACUUGGCUAACAAGGAAGUGUUAGGAACUGAUCCAAUAAUCAACACGAGAGAAACCGUCCAAAGGCACGAAUUGUACCCUGGAAAGUACGAAAUUUUACCCACAAUUCAAGGAGAUGCUAAAGAAGAAUAUUUACUACAUAUAUUUACAGAAAAUCCCCACCAUAUUGAAUAAUAAUUAUUAUCUCUAUCUUGACAUUGUAUCAUUUUAUUCAUUAUUUAUUUUUUCUGUUUUUGUCAUCAUUAAUCGUUUUAUUUGAUUUUUACCAUAUAAUUAUUUUAUUUUGUACCCAUUAAACUUAGACCACCUUGUAUUUUGGACAGCUUGUGUAUUAGCUGUAAUAAUUAUUUGUCCCUUGUAUUUUGGACAGCUUGUGUAUUAGCUGUAAUAAUUAUUUGUCCCUAUAUAUAAAUUUUGUAAUACAAUAAUAAUACUUCCUUAUA